CAGAUUUUGUUUGUUCUUUGUUGUCAUUCCUGAAGCUGAAGUGAUUGCUUCUAAAUUUUAAGUGAUUGUUUAUAGUUACUAUUUCUGGAGUGUUUGUUUCAGGUGUCUUUGUCAUUCUUUUAACUAUUAUUAUUUCCAUAAUUUAUUACCAAUAACCAUAUGAAGAGAAUUCGUAAUGACAGAUUUUCCUGCUGUGGUGUAUUUAAAAGCAUCAGAUCAUUCUGAUAAUUCAAGUAAAGGGAAAGGGACCACUUGCUGUGGAAUGUAUGCCUGUAGUUGAAAUGGUAAAGAUGUUACUGCCUUUUGAAGCAUUUCCUGGGGAAUACACUGUGCACAUUUCUGAAUAGGUUUCAGAACUCAAUGAUUUCAUAAAUAUUCAAGCAUCAGAAAUGAAGCAGCCAAAGAAAAAGUUAAAAAUGAAUAAAUCUUCUAAUGAUGUUGACAAAAGUGACUCUGUAGAAUCUAGAAGAUAAAAGUACUGUCAUCAAGAAACUUCACCAGUAUCGUCAUUCAAGGAAAAGGACUGUUUAAUGGAAAUUUGAGAAAAAUUCAUGACUUUAUGCUUAAUCUUUUAGCAGUAUUCAAUAAAGAAAUUACAAAGAAGUUGGAUUUCAUUGAAGGAAGAUUAGACUUCUUAUCUGAAAAUUUUGAUGUUCUAGAAAAAAAAGUUGAAACUAUAGCUUCACUUCUUGACCUUCAAAGAAUCACAUUAAGGACAGCAGUUCCAUGUAAUGGUUAUCAAGAUAACACUGCAGCUGCUAUUUCUGUUUCACCCAGAGUAACAUUUAUUACUCUAAAUACUGAAGAAGAUUAUCCAAAUGGUUCUUGGUUAGGAGAUGAAAACAAUCCAGAGGCUAGAGUACGUUGCCAUAUCUCACCUAUGGAUCUUUUUCAUAUUAACACAACUUGUACAACAGCUGAAAAAAUGGCUCUUACUCUGUUAGAUCACCUGUUUGAUAGAGAAACACAAGCUUGUUCUAAUAUAUCUGGUAUGGGAAAACAUAGGAAGAAACAGCUAGAUCCACUAUUCAUUUAUGGUAUUAGAUGUCACCUCAGCUUUCAUUUUGGCAUAUCAGAACAGGAUUGGAAUAAAAUAAAGCAAAAUAUAGAUUCCAAGUGUCGAACAGCAUUUCGUAAAAAAAUGAAAGGAUUACCUUUACAACCAAAGAUGAUCCAUCCAGAAUAUGCAGAUUUCCAAAUAUUGCAAGCAACACCAGAACAAGUGGCAGAAAUCCAACAGACUCAUCAAAUUAAGUUUCUAAGCACUGGAGAGCUAUUAGCUACUCCUUUACCUACAAAGUUAACUUCUAGUCAAGACAUGGCUUUCCUUACGGAUGAUUCAGAAAUGAGUGGGACUUAAAAAUUCUUGUACCAUAACAUAUAUAUGUAUUCAUUCCAUUUGUACAAUACAUCAGUAAUAAAUCUCAUAUUUGAUACAGUA